AUGCGGCCUCAUACCUCUUUACAUGUAAUACUCGCAGCUGGUGUCGCCGUUGACGCUAAAGUAUGGGUACCUAAUUUCAAGAAUUUGGUGACUUUUGGGGAUAGGUGAGGAAGGAUAUGAGUUGGUCUUGUAAGCUUUAGGGCUGACCUUUUCCCCCAAAUUAGUUACACAGAUGAGAAUCGAUUAAGCUACUUUUUGGACAACGGAGUUCCACCACCAACGGGGACUCUCCUUCCCCCGAAUAAUGAUACCGCGAGUGGGGGGGUUACAUGGGCUCGGAUCGUGUCAACCGACACUGGGACAAAAUUGUACAACUACGCCGUCUCUGGGGCGGUCUGUGACAACAAGAUUAUAAACCGAUGUCUGGAUGGCAUUAAAGGACCGUUCCCAGAUGUGGUUUACGAAGUUGACGCGUUCGUGGCGGACGCCAAUUUUGUCAACACAACGACCAACAGCAACACAUUAUUUACUGAUCGACAGUCUGACAACACUGUGUAUUCAAUCUGGAUCGGAACCAACGAUCUGGGGGUACAAGGUUUCUUAACUGAUAGCUCCUUGAACGGAACAACCAUUCCAGAUUAUGUCGAUUGCAUUUUCGAUAAAUUUGAUAUUCUUUACCAGAAUGGUGCUCGAUAUUUUGUAUUGAUGAAUACUGCACCACUGGAAUUAUCGCCCCUCUACGGAAUGCCAGAGGCUGGAGGUCAAGCCGUUAGUGUCAGAUACUGGCCAGACAAGGCAAGUAGCCAUAUAUAUAUAUAUAUAUCUUAUCCACACUUUCCACCCCCACCGCAUCUACUAACCUCGCCCAAGCCCUCAAACACCAGCGAAAUCAGCGGCAAAAUGAAGGAAUACACCAAACUCGUAAACGACAUCUUUAAUUACCGCACCCCCUUUGAGAUUUUGGUCCAAAAACGAUAUCCAGAUGCUUCAAUCGCGGUAUUUGAUGUCAACACUUUGAUGACGGAUAUCUAUUACAACCCAACACAGUAUUUUGCUGCUCCAGCAAAUGUUACGGGGCAAUAUGAACUUUGCGAGGACGGGAGCGGGAAUCAUUGCGUAAACUCAAAUGGGACACUGGAUCAGUACUUUUGGCAUGAUGAGUUGCAUCCAGCCUUGUUGACGGACGAUGCUAUUGCAAAGGAGUUUGCUAAGGUGGUUGAAGGGACGAGUGUUUAUGCUAAGUAUUGGUAG